AAAUUACAUCAUCUGCAAUGUUAGCUUCUGUAUACUUAUCGCACUUGUCUGCAAAAUGCUGUUUUCCUUUUCGACGCUUGUAUCUAGUUAAACCUGAAGUACUAUCGUAUCAAUCUCUCUACGCACCGGUAUCCGGACAUUUUACAAAACUUCAUUCGCAAUCGUAUAGCAGCUCAUCAAUUAUUGGCUACAAAAUGGACGAGUUCAAGCGCAGGCGUCUGAACAACAGUGCGGUUCCCGGCAUCUGGGAUACGCCCGUGGAAAACAUGGUAGGCGCACUAACAGGCUUACAGCGUGAGCUCCAGAGGGAGGGCCAAAGGGAACUCCAGCAGCAGCGCGACUUUCAUCGGGACGCACAUCGUCACAGCAGAACCGGCGCUCGUAAAGUGAAUUGCGGCGAACUGCGAGAGUGGAACCACGGCGAAAUGGUCGAACUUAGCGGAAAGGUGACCGAAAACCGGAUGGGAAAGUUCUUGGACGUACGCGACGUUACCGGUUCGGUGCAAGUUGUGUCCAACAAUGUUCCCGCUCAGCUGCACAAACGGGUUACGUCUAUUGGAAAGGAUAGUUAUGUGACCAUUGUGGGACGCGUUCAGGAGCGUCCGUCCCGUUUAAAGAAUUCUAGUAUCCCCACCGGUGGCAUUGAUGUUAUGAUUGAAGAGAUAUUGCACAUCGAAGGUGAGCAGCAGAUGGGUAGAAAUGCUAAUUUCAACAAACGAAACUAUUCGACGGUGGCUUCGCUAGCACAGGCUUUUACACGUGCUGUUACCAGCCAAGAAAUCGAAAAAUCACCGUCAGAUAAUAUUUUAAAGUACUUUAAAAAUCGAAAGGCCAUUUGUAGUGAAUUUCGGCUGAAGGACGUCGGCAAAAAGGUUCAGUUGGUCGGAUGGGUCGAUAGUAAGAACAAACACGACCGGUUUUUGUUUCUUCGUGAUGGUCAUGGGGCAGUCCAGUUGAUGGUGGAAAAUGUGUCCUCUCAGGUGAAAAACAAUAUCCAAGCCGCUUUGGCAACCUCAAUCGUACUGGUUAAAGGAACUGUACUUGCUCGACCGGCAAAUUGUGUAAAUACCAGUCUCGACACCGGUUCAAUCGAGAUCGUCGUUGAUGAAUUUGAAAUUUUGAAUCCGGAUGACCCGUACAAAGGUCCAGAAGCGAUAGAAACAGCUGAUACUUCGAUUGAUGAGUUCAGCACUAGCCGGUUUACCAACCGAACGCACAAUUGCGGUGAAUUGCGUCUAAGCCACGUCGAUCAGAACGUAGUGCUGUGUGGCUGGUUGGAGUUCAGCCGAAUGAAUAAGUUCAUCACCUUGCGAGAUGGAUAUGGAACAACACAAGUUGUCGUUCCAGAUGAUAUGGUUUCCGACGUUAAUCUGGGUAACGUUUCGUUUGAAAGCAUUCUCCGUGUCGAAGGCAGUGUCAAGGCCCGUCCAGCGGGACAUGAUAAUCCACGACAAUCCACCGGGCAGAUUGAAGUUGUUCUUCAAAAAGUGGAUGUUCUCAAUGAAGCCAGGAAACGACUGCCGAUUGACUCGAAGGAGUUCAACAAAGCAAAGGAGAAUCUUAGAAUAGAGUAUCGAUACAUUGAUCUCAGAGGGCCACAGAUGCAGAGGAAUUUGCGGCUUCGUUCACAGAUUAUCAUGAAAAUGAGAGAGUACAUGAUUAACAAGUGUGGAUUUGUAGAAGUUGAAACGCCAACCUUGUUCCGAAGAACACCAGGAGGAGCGCAGGAGUUCGUAGUUCCAACGCGCAAGCCCGGUCAUUUUUAUUCGCUGGUUCAAAGUCCCCAGCAGUUUAAACAGAUGCUGAUGGCCGGUGCAAUAGAUCGCUAUUUCCAGAUCGCUCGUUGCUACCGAGAUGAAGCAACUCGUCCGGAUCGUCAACCGGAAUUCACGCAACUUGAUCUCGAGCUGUCGUUUACCGAUCGCGACAAGAUAAUACAGCUGGUAGAAGGUGUAUUGGCCAAUUCCUGGCCCGAGGACGAUGACCCUCUGAAAGUGCCAUUCCAACGAAUCACCUACGACGAAGCAAUGAGUCGGUUCGGAAGCGAUAAACCGGACACUCGCUUCGGUUACGAGCUGCGAGAUGUUACGGCGAAAAUGAACACCAACGAGAAGGUUAUGUUGGGACUUGACCCUUCCGUUUACCGGGCUUAUGCCAUCGUAGUUAAAGAACCACACAGUGGAACGCCGACAGCAUUUAAGAAAAGUUUGGAUGCUCUUUCCAAAGAACACCCGAAAUGCAAACUUGUGUUCAAUAAUGUCAACAAUGACUGGUUGAACAGCUCUAUUGUCAAACUAUUGGAUCAUGAUGUAGCGAAGACGUUAAAUAGUCAUUUGGCAUUAAAAGCUGGAGAUCUUUUACUGCUUGGUUAUGGACGAGCUCCAGAAGUGCAAGAAAUGAUGGGAAAAGUGCGUUCAGCUUUUUACGAAAACCUUGAAGCUAGAGGUCUUGUUGAGAAGCGCUCAUCGAUCUCGCAAAACUUUAUUUGGUUGUAUGACUUUCCAUUGUUUGCCCAGAAUGACGAAACUGGAGGACUAGAUAGCGUGCAUCAUCCUUUCACAGCUCCGCAUCCGGAUGACGUGGCUAAGCUGAAACAAAAAGAAAGCCUGACCAAGCUUCGCUCGCAGUCGUUUGAUUUGGUGUGGAAUGGCGUGGAAAUUGGCGGGGGAUCCGUUCGGAUUCAUAAUGGCACGCUGCAGAAGAUGGUCUUGGAAGACAUUCUGAAGGUCGAUCAUGGUCAUCUGCAGCAUUUGUUGGACGCACUGGAAUGCGGGUGUCCCCCGCAUGGUGGUUUUGCAAUCGGGCUCGACCGAUAUAUUUCACUGCUCUGCAAUGCCCAUUCCAUACGGGACGUGAUUGCCUUCCCGAAAACGCUGGAAGGAAAGGAUCCUCUUUCGAAGGCACCAGUGCCAAUCAGCGAGGAGGAGAAAAAAAUAUACCACCUUUCAACGGUGGAGUCUACGAAGAGCUAAGGUUUUUCUUUUGCCCGUGGUUUGCGUGCUGAUCGCUGUGUAAGUGUGGUAAUUAUCUAUGACUAUCAAUACCGAUUAUUCGGUAUUAUUCGAUGUAAUAAAUCAUCCGUUGUGUG